AUGACGACGCGAGGCAUUCGAAGGAAAAAAUCAUACCUAGCGGAGAUCAAGGUGGCCGUGAUCGGGGCACCGUGCGUUGGCAAGAGCGCCCUGACGGUGCGCUUUCUGACGAAGCGCUACAUCGGCGAGUACGACCACCAGGCAGAGAACCGACACAAAUAUGAAAUCAUGGUCGAUGGUGAGGCGGUCCUGUGCGAGAUCUGGGAUACCUGCCCGAAGAUCGAAGAGCACGCCGAAGCGGUCUCAUCGCCUAGUGCCACUUCAGAAGCGGUUCAGUGGGCAGAUGGGUUGCUGCUCGUUUACUCGAUCACCGAUCGUGAUUCGUUCAACUACAUCCGGAAGGCGAAGGAAGAGUUGGCUGGUGAUACGCCGGUCGCGCUCGUUGGCAACAAGGUCGAUAUGGUGCACCUGCGGCAGGUCAGCACGGAUGAGGGCGAAAUCCUGGCGAAGGACACCGAGUGCAAGUUCUUCGAGAUCUCGGCCGCCGAGCACGUGUACCAGGUGGCGGAAGCAUUCCUCGAGCUGUGCCGUGAGGUUCUAACGGCGAAGCGAAAAUCGAAGCAGAGCUUCAUCGACAAGAUCGACCGAAUGCUGAGUGGUUCGCGGGCGUAUAGCCGUGGGAAAAGUGAUAGCAUCUCGCCGAAGGACUGACUCACUCGGCCAGGGGGUGUAACGGUUAUGUUCAUUCUUGCUAGCUGAAGGUUUAUUUUUCCAGGUGGUUUAUUUUAGUAAAUUUCGUGCCGUUGUGGGAGAAUAAAGAAUUU